AUGUCUGAAUAUAAUAAUGUUCGCUUUAGGCAAAGUGGACAGUCUGAGAGCGAAAUACCUAUUGAAGAAGAGUUUGACGACAAAAAGAAGGCAAGCUCUUCAAGUAUCUUGGCAGGAUUAACUAUAUUAUCAUUUGCGACUCGUUUUUAUAGAAUCGAUCACCCUGCUCAAGUUGUCUUUGAUGAGGUUCACUUUGGCAAAUUUGCAAGUUUUUACCUUAAAAGAACUUAUUUUUUUGAUGUUCAUCCUCCGCUUGCAAAAUUGAUGCUUGCUGGAAUGGGAUAUAUACUUGGUUAUGACGGCCAUUUUGAAUUUGAAAAUAUCGGAGAUGAUUAUAUAAAAAACAAUGUACCUUAUGUUGGUUUGAGAGCUUUACCUGCCGCUUUAGGCGCACUUUUUGUUCCUUUGACAUAUAUGAUUAUGAUAGAAUCCGGAUAUCCUAUAAUUACCGCGACUUUUGCUGCCUCUUUGGUAUUAUUUGAUAAUGCUUUUAUCUGUCAAACGCGUCUUAUCCUUCUUGAUUCUAUGCUUGUAUUUUUCAUGCUUUGCACUUUUUAUUCAUAUAUCAGAUUCUAUAAACUUCGAUCGAGGGAAUUUUCCAAUGAAUGGUGGUUUUGGUUGGUCACAUCUGGAGUUUUUCUUGGGUUAACUACAAGUGUUAAAAUGGUGGGAUUGUUUACGGUCAUGACUAUUGGAGUUGCAGUUCUUAUUGAUUUAUGGAAUUUAUUAGACAUAGAGCGUGGGUUGACAAUGAUUCAAUUUAGGAAACAUUUUGCUGCACGUGCUAUUGGUUUAAUAGUUGUGCCUAUUUCAAUUUAUUUGCUUUGGUUCUACAUUCACUUUCUCAUAUUGAACACAAGUGGGCCUGGCGAUGCGUUCAUGAGUCCUGCUUUUCAAGAAACUUUGAAUGGAAAUAUAAUGAAUUUUCAAAGUUUUGAGAUAAGGUAUAAUGAUACUAUAACUUUAAAACAUAAGGAUACUUCGGUAUUCUUACAUUCUCAUCCUGAACGUUAUCCGCUUAGAUAUGAAGAUGGACGAAUUAGUAGUCAAGGACAACAAGUUACAGGAUAUCCACACGAAGACAGUAACAAUCACUGGAGGGUUAAACCAGCAGAAAAUUUCUUUAACACUUCAAGACCAGAGAAUGAUACGGUUAAACAUGGAGAUUACAUAUUACUUGAACAUCUUAAUACAAGCUCAAAUUUAUUAACACAUGAUGUAGCUUCACCACUUACGCCAACUAACCAGGAAUUUACUACAUUGCCAACAGAAGAUAAGUCGCGUUAUAAUGAAACAGUGUUUCAAGUUUUAAUCAAUGAUGGAGAUUCUGACACUAUAUGGAAGACAAAAUCAUGUUAUAUUCGUUUAAUUCAUUAUGAAACUAAAGUAGCUUUGUGGACACACGAGUUAGCUUUACCUGAAUGGGCCUUUAAACAACAAGAAAUUAAUGGUAAUAAAAAUAAUGCUGAGAAAAGCAAUUUUUGGUUUGCAAAUGAAAUUGUUGGUAAAAAUAUAACAGAACCUUUAGAGCCAAAGAAACCAACGAGACAAAUACCAUUUUUAUUAAAAUAUUUGGAAUUACAAAGAUUAAUGAUAAGUCACAAUUCAGGACUAACAAAACCACAUCCAUAUUCAAGUGGACCAAUUAAUUGGGCAUUUUUAAUACGUGGUAUAUCAUUUUGGACAGACAAUGUCAACAAACAACAAAUCUAUUUAAUUGGAAAUCCUUUUACAUGGUGGUUAGCUGUUGCUUCAAUGGCUGUACUUGUCGGAGUUUUAUUAGCCGAUGUAAUGUCAAGACGUCGUGGCAUUUAUCCUAUAAUGGAUCGUAAGUAUUAA